UGGUAAACAAACAUGAAUAUGAGAAAGAAUAGCAGUAAGGAAGUUAAGCCAAUUUAAGAAUUAAGUUUAAAUUGAUGGAUCCCCUAAAGAGUUCAUUGCAAGAAAUGAUGCUUGGGUCAUUCAAUGACUGCCACCACUUUAAGAGCUAUCACGAGAAGAAAGAAAUGAUUUGGCUGUAAGAAUUAUUCCGCAGCGUUGAUAUGGUUGCGACUGUUGUGGGUCGCACCCAACUGGUCAGACUGGCCAUCAAGACGGUCUUCUGGCUUUUGGUUGUUGGCGUCUGUGUUUAUUUGGUCCACCCAGGUCGUUUUGCCUGCGAAAACUACCCCAACAUAAGAAGGAACCAAAUUGAAAGCAAUCUAGUCCAAUAUCAAGAUGGCCCAAAUCUCUGCAACUUUUCUGUAUCAAAAGAGGAGGACUUUUUGCUCUAUCCCAGUUGGCCCGAGGAAGGAGACUUGGAGGCUGUUGAGAAUGGUCAGUGGUCUCCCAAAAACUGCAAGGCUCGUCACGAAACAACAAUCAUCAUACCUUACAGGAAUCGACAAGAACACCUAGAGACCUUCCUCAAUUUUAUGCAUGCCUUCCUUCAGAGGCAGAUGCUCGACUACCACAUUGUGGUGGUUGAACAGGUCGCCAACACACCUUUCAACCGAGCCAAGCUUUUCAACGUUGGAUUCGCCGAGUCGGUAAAGGCAAACCGUCAAAGCACUUGCUUUGUCUUCCACGAUGUAGACCUCUUGCCGCAGAAAUUGUCCAACAUUUAUACUUGUACCAAAAACCCGAGACACAUGUCGGCAAGUGUCAACACUUUUCGUUACAAUUUGCCUUAUGUUUCGCUGUUUGGCGGUGCCAUUUCUGUAACCAAAGAUCAAUUCGAGUCGGUCAAUGGAUUUUCCAAUGUUUUUUACGGCUGGGGAGGUGAGGACGACGAUUUUUACAAUCGUAUCACCCGACAGGGUUUGAAGGUAGACCGAUUUGAGUCUUCGGUGGCUAUGUACUUCAUGCUUAGUCACAAAAAAGAAGCGCCGAGUCAGUCUCGGCUCCAGAAACUUCAUUCGGGGAGUGACAGAUUUCAGACUGACGGGCUCAACAGUCUCAAAUAUGAACUCAAACAAACAACUUUCAGAAAAUUAUACACUUGGUAUCUGGUUGACGUUUGAAUUUUUGACUCACUUUGACCACUCUUUGAUAUUUUAAAACUCAAUUUCACGGUUGUUAUCGCGAUUUAUCCAAUCAAAGAAAAUCGCCGAAUUGUUGAAUUUUGCAUAUCUGUUCUCACAAAGCAAAUUUACUUCUGCCUGAUUGCUGAAAUUUUGCCUCUUGCGUGAGUAUUUUUAUACACAAAAUAUCGAAAGGUACUUUCGAACAAAGCAGACAAUGACAAUUGUGAUCUCAUAUCAAUAAUUUUUGUGGUGCAUGUUAUCGUAAUUUUGCCUGAGCGUAAAGUGGGAUAUUUUUGGAGCAGCAAUAUUCAAUUGAUAAAAAAAAAGAUUCAAUCCAUAAUUUUAUCACUGAAAAAGAAAAACAAGGAAACAAAACAUAAAUAUAGCACUUUUGACUGUAGUUUUACAAACGUGGUGUUUUGCUUGUCGACGCCCUGCUUUUGGAAGCAAAGAAAAAAAGCUGCUUCAAAUGUAUUGCCACAUCAAUCAGUCAGUUCCAUAGUUUACCUAUAGAGAGGAAUAUUGUUUGAUACAAUAAUUUUAACGAACAACGCCAUACCAUUUAUGUGGGUAGAGUUGCCACAGUAGAUUAAUAUAGUGCAGCAUCUAAAGCUGUUGGGUGAGUGUAUUUUAAAUAAAGCGAAUGCAUUAUUUAUCAAAGAAAAUACAGCUUA